AAGAAAACGAGAAAAGUCAGAAGACAGUGAACAAGAAUAAAGUGAAGAGAUGAGGACACUAUAUUUGUUGCUUGCCCUCGGCCUGCUGUGUGCAGUCGUAUAUUCAAUACCAGUCGAGGAUGACGAACCUUUGGAAAAGGAGUUGAAAGAAGAUAAUGAUGAAAAUGCCCUGGAAGAAGACGAUGAAGACGACAACGACGAAGAAGACGAAGUUCAAGCAGAUCCUUCGGCCUACCGAGGAUAUGGCAGACGCAGACGUCGCAGACGCAGGGGUGGUUACGGUGGAGGUAGACGUAGACGUAGAUAUGGUGGUAGACGUCGCAGACAUUAUGGAUAAAUAUGCUACAUGAUUUCAAGAUAAAGGACUGGACCCACUGAAAUGAAUGGACAACAUAAUUGACAACUUUAAUUGCAUGCAUCUUUGACAACGUGUAACCUGUAGAUCUAAAAUCAAUAAAAA